AUGGAAGAAAACGAUGGUCUAAACGAUCCAUAUUUCUUCUUAAGGGAAGAAAAUCAUUUGAAAGAUGAUAACUAUGAUUAUAAUAAAAAUAAAGUUAGUAUGCUUUUAAAAAAAAAUAAUAUAACAGAAAAAUGUGACGACGGAAAUGAUGUAGAAAAAUGUUCUGAUAAAAACAACCAAAUUGAAAAUAACAUAAUUAAUGAAAAUAAUUUAGAAAUAAUACAAGAUAUUCAAAAUUAUGAAAAUGAUGAUAAUAAAUCAUCUAAUAUAAAAAAUAAAUUAAUUCAUAAAGAUAUACCACUUAAAAUACAUAAUAUAAUAUCUUCAGCAAAUUUAGAUACCGAAAUUGAUCUUAGGCUUGUAGCUGUAUCAAUUAAAAGUGCAGAAUAUAAUCCUAGUAAAAUUAAUACUCUUAUUAUUAGAAUUAAUAACCCUAAAUGUACAGCACUUAUUUUUAAAAAUGGAAGAAUAAUGCUUACUGGCACAAAAAGUAAAACAGACUCUAUAAAUGGAUGUAAAAAAAUUGGGAAAAUUAUUAAAUUUGUUACUAAUCAAAAUAUUAGAUUAAAAAAUUUUAAAAUUGAAAAUAUAAUUGCUAGUGCAAAUUGUAAUAUACCAGUCAGAUUAGAAAUGCUUGCUCAUGAUCAUAAAGACUAUUGUAAUUAUGAACCUGAACUUUUUGCAGGUUUAGUUUAUAGAUAUAAACCAACUUCUAAUUUAAAAUCAGUUAUUUUAAUUUUUGUUUCUGGAAAAAUUAUUAUCACUGGUUGUAAGUCUCUACAAAAACUUAACACUGUUUUUCAAGAUAUUUACAACGUGUUAGUACAAUAUAAAAGUUAA